AUGGUCAAAGAAGCCAGUUCCUCGGGCAUGGCCGACGUGCCAGUGAAGCCCAAUCCUUCCCGGAAGAGCGCCUUCUCGUGUGAGGGCUGUCGCAAGCGCAAAGUGAAAUGCAAUGGGGCCAGCCCGUCCUGUUCGCGUUGUGUAGCACGCGGGACUCCAUGCGUCUACAGCCUAGCUCCUACUCUAUCCUACACUAAGCAAUUAGAGGCGCGGGUGGCAGAGCUAGAAGAUGCCCUGGCAAAGCUGCGCAAUCAGCAACCCUUGGACACUACGGAGGGGACCCCGUCCUCUGUAGCGUCGACGGAGACUAAUGCAAAUCACAAGCCCUCGAGUCGCAAAGAGGAGGAACCAGGCCAGGACCUCAAUCUAGCACGAGAUUUCGAGGGAUUGAACGUUGAACAUGAUGGACGAAUAUCAUUUCACGGACCAACGAGCUUAUUUCAACUUCCGAGCGGUGCUCUGAACCCGGCCGCGUCGAGCUCUCAGCUUGCUGUACAAGCAGGAGAGCGCAAAGAAAGGCUUAUCAAGAAUGCAUGGCGGGAGCGAGCAAUUGAACAGAUGGCUACCAUGCCUGAGCCGUUCCAAUACCUCCUUGAUUCACACUGGUGCUGGAUUCAGCCACUCUUCAACUUUGUCUACAGGCCUGCAUUUACCCGCGACAUGAAAUUGAACGGCCCUUACUACUCCGAUGCACUGCUCAAUGCCAUAAUAUCGCACUCGGUACGGUGGUGCAAGGCUGAGCCUAGAAUCAGCGCUAUUCUAGAGUCGUAUGAAGGUGGCGCCGUAUUCUCCCAUCGUGCAGUGACAGGCCUUUACGACUCGCUCAAAGAUGGAUACGUGGGAAUUCCAACGAUCCAAACAUUAUUGCUCCUUAGUGCCCGCGAGUGCGGGCAAGGAAACAGGACUCAAGCUUGGCUGUAUAGCGGGAUGGCGUUUCGAAUGCUAGACGACCUGGGAAUCACAAUCGACAGCCGCAAAUACUCGGAUUCCGCGCAGCUAAACGACGAAGAUAUUGAGAUUCGGAAUCGUCUAUUCUGGAGUUGCUAUUUUUGGGAUAAGAUGAUGUCUUUAUACUUUGGUCGGUCACCGACGCUGCAGAGCUCACAAGGCUGCCCUCCGAGGACGAUUCUCGACGACACCUCCGAGCUAGAGCCUUGGUUUCCCCACGGGGUCGUAUUCCCAGAGGGUACACAUUAUCCACCAACCCAGGCCCACUCCACCUCUUGUUUUGUUGAGAUGUGCGGCUUGAUGGAGAUUCUCAACCAAAUCCUUAUUCACAUCUACGACCACCACCGCCAAGUGUCCGAGUCGGAAUUUCAAACAUGUGUUCGCGAACAGUCUCGCAACCUCGUUGGAUGGUGGGAUGAACUACCAGAGCACUUGAAGCUCGUCCCAACCGAACUGCCCCCGUACUCUCCGCCCAGUCACAUUGUGACCUUAAACUGUGUCUACCAUACCCUCAACAUCCUCAUCCAUCGACCCAUCCUAUGCUCGAAAUGGAGCCGAGAAGCUUACGACAAGAGCCAUCUAGUCCACUGCAUAACUUCUGCAACGGCUAUCCUUUCCAUCUUUGGAAUGUAUCGUCGCACCUUUGGUGAUAAUCACGUCGUCCUCUCAGUCGCUUACAGCGUGUACACGGCGGCAUCCAUCUUCCUCCUCGAGAUCCAGGCCCUCAAGUACGCUGCGCCAGGGACGCUUGACAAGCUAAAAUUCUGCAUCUUUGCAUUAGAGCGAGUCAAAGCGUCUAGCCCUGUAAUAACGACCGCUUUAACCCUCGUAUAUCAAGAGAUUCACCGUCUCCAAGUCGACUAUCAGAUUGUCUUAUCCAUACCACAACAAUCCACGUCUCAACCAUCUCACCCACCAUCACCUCCCCGUCACUCACCCGCAGACCCUUCUCAAUCCAUUUCGCACCAUGCACCUACGCACCACAGGGCGCCAUCUUCAAUGUCGACCGCGGACGUCAAUCCAGCUGCCGCGCUAUAUCCGCUACAACAACCCUUACCGGAACAGGAGUUCGAUCCUUAUCAACCAUCGAGUCUUCCCCAACUAGGCGUGCCGCAUCAUCCUGGCGGACUUCCCGAUGAAUUGAUGUCGCUCGAUAAUCCCGCAGCUUAUGAGAUUACGCCAGAGGUGUUUGAGGCGUUUUCGUACGCAGAGCCAAUUACCACGAAUAUGACGCCUGAUGUGUACGGGUGGGUUGGACGGCCGUAG